GUCCCCAUUUACAGUCUUUUACUUCUGUCCAGUCGCCGUUGAACUAAAAAUACAAAAGACUAAUUACAACAUGCGCCAUCAAGGCAUUAACCAUGAUGGACCCUCCUCUCCAUCACAAUUAAAACACUGCUCAACCCCCCCAUUUUGUUAUCGUUUCUGUUCCUUUGAUUCACCUUCACACUCCUCUCUUUCUUUCCUGCACAAUCACAGAAACAAAAUAAUGGCAGGCACAAUAGGAAGAAACCUCAAUCUAUGCUUCACUAAGAUCAGACGUCCACUACCACCCCAUGAUCAUCAAUCCCCCACUACCCUACUAACCCCAGAUGAUCACAGCCAUACAUUCCUCAUAAAAAACUAUAAUUCCCUCUAUGACCCCACCAUUGAUUCCGCCUCCACCACCACUUCUUCCAGCUCCUCCUCCUCCUCUGAACCUGACUUCGCUACCGUCUACGCCUCUCAGCGCUUCUUCUUCUCCUCCCCUGGCCGCUCCAACUCCAUUAUUGAAUCCACACCGUCCAUCGUCACUUCCUCAGACUCAUCAGACAAUCCAGGAAUGACAAGUCUGACAACGAAUCCCUCCAAUGACAAGUCUUUGUUGGUUGAUAGGUGUAAUAAUAUUACUCAUCCCCAGUUAUUAAAAUCCCCAACCGUUAAAGACAGUGUUGCUGUCCCCACCUACUCACCGGACCCGUACAUGGACUUCCGGCGAUCCAUGCAAGAGAUGGUGGAGGCACGUGACUUGGUGGACGUCAACGCUAAUUGGGAGUAUUUGCACGAGCUACUAUCGUGUUAUCUUGAUCUUAAUCCUAAGAGUAGCCACAAGUUCAUUGUUGGAGCUUUUGCUGAUCUUCUUGUUAGUCUUUUGUCAUCGCAAAUGCCAGAAGAUGCUGGCCGCCGGGGAGAGGAUUUUUCCUCCGGUAGCUGUGGGAUUUCGCGGCAGUGCAUGUAAUGUAGUAUGUGGUGUGUCGGAAAAUGAUUGUCUAAUCUUGUUACCUUUAAUUUAGCAAUAUAUAUGUGUGCGGGGGGACAAAAUUGAGCCUCCCUUUGUCUUCUAUUAUAACACCUUAUCCCCUCA